AUGAUAUGUGUGGAGUGCAAUGAGCCAACAGAUUCACUCUAUGUGAAGUACACCAAUGAUUAUAUCAAGUUGACGGACUGUUCGAGAUGCUCAAAAGUUGCAGAUAAAUAUAUCGAAUUUGACAAUGUCAUCUUAUUCAUUGAUACACUAUUGUUGAAACCACAAGCUUACAGGCAUAUUGUGUUCAACUUUAUGAGCCAGGAACAGUAUGAUGCAAAUGAAAAAGACCAAUCACAAUCACUGUCAUCCCUCAAGUCAUGGUUUGAAGAAAAUAAAAAGGUGAAUAGAAUACGGCUUUUGAUGAUCUUAUUUGAAAUUUACUUGACAUGGGCCUAUGAAGAAAAGAAUUACAUCAAUUCAAAUGAAUACAAGAACCCUUAUUUGAUCAUAAACACCAUUUUAACAAAACCAGCUACCGUUCAAUACUUAUUCUUUUCAGUGAAGUGUAUUUUAGAUGAUUUGAUAACUCAUACUUUAGUACCCAUUUGGAUUUUCAACGUUAUUCAAUGGAAACCUAAAGGAUACACACAAAGUGACUUAGAAAAGAAGGCAUAUUAUGAAAUGGCUUUAUCAUUAACAAUCCUUCUUUCAGGUUCAACAAAACUUUUCCCAAUCUUGAUGCUGAUUUGGCCGUAUAAUAAUAUCACUAUAACAAAUAUAAUAAGUUCAUUGGCAGAUCUAAACCUUAUAGAGGCAUUAAAAAUCGUGACAGGAUGUUCAAGUAUACAAGCUAUAUUUUUAUUCGUUACAAACACCAUACUGAAAUUCAUUAUAACGAGAGGUAUUUUAAUUUGUUUAUUAUCCAACGGUAAUAUGAAUGUCGCUACAAAAUUUGCUAAUAAUGAAUACAUGAAUCUAGUCCAGAAGGUUUGGUCAUGGAAGGAAAUAAUUGUGCAACGUUACGGUGAUUUGACUUUAUAA